CUUUACUCUUUAUAUAUAUAUAUAGCAAAAAGACUUGACAGAAAGAAAGAAAAGAGAUAAAAAUUUCCCUCCUCUUUUUGAUACAUUCAACUUGAUCAGGCCACUUUAUAUGAUGUUACCGAGUGUACAUUCCUCAAUCGACAAUGACGAUUCAAAGGGGGAAGAUAAACAAAGUAGUGCUGUUGGCAGUAGUAACAACCCCACUAGAGCAACGCAAAAUGUUAAUAAUAAUAAUAACGAUACAAGUGAUAUAUUGGAUCCCAUAAUGACAGAUAGAGAAGCAAAUAUGCAUGUUACCACCUGGGCUAGAAGCAAUUAUGUACAAGAGCGAGAUCAUAAUGUACCUAGGAGAAAUAUGUAUGAGCACUAUAAGGCUCACUGUGCCGCUCGUAAUUUAACACCUGUCAAUUCAGCAACAUUUGGAAAGUUAAUUAGAGUCGUAUUUCCUGAUUUAAAGACGAGACGAUUGGGUGUUCGAGGUCAAUCAAAAUAUCAUUACUGUGGAAUAAGAGUUAGGGCAAGCAAUGAACCUAAUCAGACAAAUGAUCAAAUUUUGACAAUAACUGAGGAUAACAGUGGCAGUACAAGAGAUAAUAUAUCAACAAGCCCAAGUGCUGCUUCUUCUGUUCACCCUACUGCCAGUAAUAUAUUGGAUCCAUCUAUUUCUAUUCAAUUACCUUCUUUUAUGAAACCAAAUAUCCUAUCUUAUACUCACACAAAUGAAUUGGAUGCUACCGUUCAUUCUUUUAUUUCUGCCUAUGAGAACCAUUGUAGACAGAUAUUAUAUCUGGUUACACAUCAUCAAGUUGAUAAAAUUCAACAAGUAAUGGCCCUAUUUUAUGACCGUAUGCCUGAAAACUUUCGACUCAUGAUACAUGAAGUACCUGAAAUAACUGAAGCUGUUUGGAGAUAUGAUAGCUUAUUUUAUGAUACAAUAAUCGAAAGAUUCCUUCCUACUGUGAAUUAUCCUCUAAGUCAAGCCAUGAUGAUCACCCUUCGUACUUAUACUCGUGAACUAUCAAACUAUAUUGACGCCUUUGUCUCUCGAUUUCCAAUCAACUUUUAUCAAAAGAAAUUUGAUGUUGCUCGUAUAUUUGCAGCCAAGUUUAGAAGACAUCUUUCAUUAAAUCAUGCAGCACAAACAGCCACAGCUGUAUUAAACAUGCCCGAGUAUUUAUCAGCCAUGAGAAAAGACUGGGAGCAGUUAGACUUUGACGGCUUAUUGGAUCAAACAUUAUGGGUCUGUGAUUGCAACACGACAGACAUUAGGCAUAUUUUGAAUCAAGAAAUCUAUGAUUUAUUAACCGUCAAAAUCAGUCUGGAUCACUGGAUGAACUGGGUUUCAAACAUUGUUGACAGCUAUUUGAAAAAGUUUACUCCUUCUUCUUCUAAUGAUGCAAGUCAUUAUCUUGCUCAAGCAAAGCAAUUCCUAUUAAAAUGGAACUUUUACACUUCUCUUAUCAUGAAGGGCUUAGCUCGGCAAAAUGCGAGAAGUUUUAGCUCAUUUCAUACCAUUCAUUUGUUUCUUGAUGAUUAUGCCCUUUAUCUUGUAGAAGAAGCUAUUGCUCAGGCUAAUUACAUAUUAAUGAGACAACAACAAGUCAUUCAACAGGCUGAAUCGUCUUCAACUGCUACAACUUCCACAUCAGUUACUCGUACAAAUAUAUAUUCUUCGCCUUCAUCGUCUACCAACAAGGGAAAUCUUUCUUGAUCUGUAACCACUCUGAAAAAAAAAAGAAUAUCUUGCUUGUCCAUAAUAUAUAUAUCCGCAGAUUCCUCCUUCCCUAUAUUAUAUACAUAUAUACAUAUGAUGUAUAGGAUUUAUGCAUACUCUUUAAUUUUUGCUGUAAUAUAUAAUACCCCUAGUACAUUUAUAAUGCUACUUUUUUUAUAUUCUAAAAUAAACAAUCUUUUGCUCAUUUUAUGUCUUUAAAUACUUGAUAUAUUCGUCUCUCAUUUUAUUUCUAGAAAGUACUAUGAAACGAAAUACUUGGCUUUUAUAAGUGAUCGCCUACUGCCAUUGUUCUUCACAUUCAAUAGUUGAGACAACCUGAAAGUCUGAGCUCAAACACACUACGAAAAUGCAG